UGAACACGUGAUCUGUCAUGCGCAAGUAUAACUUUGCAGUCCCGUUGUUCCAAAGUCAGUCCUAGCAUUCCCGCACAGGUGCACGGAACAUUAUCUGUGAAUGCAAAAUGAACUUCCUCGUGGCAAUAGUCCUCAUUCCAAUUUUGGGAAUCGCAGCAAGUGCCCCAUCUAAAUCGGAUGUAAUUCAGGUAUCAAGCUCUGAGGAUAUGGACGAUGACGAAAAUUCAGUUAGCACUACUCCCAGUCCCAGAGAUGACUGUACCAAAGGCUGUCAGAUACUGGUGGUUGACACGUCCGAAGCGGAUAAGCGGUGCCAGGGGAAUGUCAGACUUGUCCCUUUACUUGAAGGUGAUCCGGUUUACUUAGCACUCGAGGGAACAGAGUGCAGGCCAGGGAACUCGCCGGAACUCCACGUUUGUCGUAGGGGGUUUUGGAUCAAGAAACCAGCUGCACCAAAAUUCACAAUCGAAUGUCCCGAUGACAUAGCAUACGUUCUCAAGAAUGGGCAAGAGGCGAAGGAAGUCUCUUGGGAAAGUCCGUCCAUUAGCGGCGAGUCCAACGUCAGCGUCUUGGGAAGCCCCCCAUCAGGGAGUGUAUUUCACAGAGGAGUUACUGUGGUGACCUUGGAGGCAACAGAUGAGGAAAUGAACACCGCCAAAUGUACAUUCACCGUAAAUAUCCUUUGACCGAAAGUCCCUCCGCGCCGUAGCUCAACAGAGGCAUCUCAUCGCAAGACGGAUCGUGCACCAUAUGGCAACCCUCGAAUUGUCUCGGUAGUGUCACCAUAAAAUGCUCACCAACGGAUCCUUAAACGGGAAAGAAAUCAAGUGGGCGAUACUCAUCUCAGUUUCUGACAUUGAUAAACUAAAAUAGUGAAUGCCUCUCCUUUGACUAUGUGCAUGAUUUGUUUGGCUGCAAAGAAAUAAAUUUCAUUGCAUGAA